AUGGAAAGGAUAUACAUAAUAGUUCUAUGCGGGAUUUUGAUCAUAAUUCCUGUUUGGUUUAUAUGCUACUCUCUCCGACGCUGCUUAAUACACUGGCACGAUGGAAUAGACCGAACCCAAACAUUUACAAAGAAUUUAGUUGUCAAGAAUAUCUGCAUAAUAUCAUCCUCACUUUUUAAUUUUGUCCAUGUGUUCUAUAUUAUCCCAGCUGAUAUUCAUGAAACAGAUGAAAAAAUUGUCAGGAUGGUUUUAUUUACGCUUUUAGGAUCUGCAUGAGCUAUUUGUUUAUUUUUAGUAAAUUUCGAACACCGAAGGAGAUUACGGACAACUUGGUAUGGCCUCAGGAGUUUUUGAAUUUUAAACAUGAUUCUACAGAUAUCCUUUACUGUUAUUAUCCUGUUAGACCCUUGGAAUGAUAGCAUACAGCUGAAAGAGUGAAAAAUCGCGACUUUUGUAAUAUGCUGCUGCUCCUCAACAAUAUUAUCAAUCUAUUCCUUCUGCAAACCCAAUGAAUUUUCUGUAUAUUCCGUUGAACCUCUGCUUCGGCAAAAUUCCAAUAAUCUACCCACACGAAAAAAUUCCAAAAAAAAUUCAGUUUUGCCUCAAGAAGAUUUCGAACCCCAACUAAUCCACACUGCAAUAAAAGAAUGCAAAGUAAAAACUGAAAACAACCGGCAAGUUGUCUAUUAUCACAUCAUAGUUACUAUAGGAGCUGACACCCAUACGGUCAGAAAAACCUACCAAGAUUUCGAAACUUUACAUAAUAAUCUCAGAGAAAAAUUCCCAAGGUAUGAAUUUCCAAAUUUAGAGUUCCCAAAAUUCCCUAUCACAAUGAGUGGGUCAGCCAAUAUUGAUGAACGAAAACAAGCCCUUGACGAAUAUUUAUCAAAUUUAUGCUUUCCUGAGUUUAUGAAUGACGAAUUGCUGAAUUAUUUGAAGAUAGAAGGACAUAGCAGAACAGCUUGUAUGGAAGCUCAUAAAAGAGCAAGGGGUGAAGAAAGGAGGCAUAGCAAUGCAAGUGACACAAUGAAAAGUAACCAUGGGUCAUUUUCUGCUUAUUAUGCAAAUUCACAAGACUUGCCGAAAGGGGAAGAAAACUGUGAUAAUUACCAGCUGCAGGAAUAUAUUAAGCUGAAAAUUGUAAAGUGGGUGGAAAAAGAACAUAUUGAGUAUGUAAUACAAUGAAAAGCAGCAAAACUUGUGGGGGAAGGAACUGUUAUGAAAAGGUAUAGUGAAAUAUGAGAUUUUCAUAGGAGAUUGAGAAAAAUAGUCGCGCCUGCAGGGUUGCCGAAUUUUCCGAAAAAGAAUUAUAUGCAAACACUUAGAAAAAGAGACACUGAGACUAUUGAAAUUAGGAGAAUAGACCUGGAAAAUUAUUUAGGGCAUGUGCUAAAUGAUCCUGCUUAUAUUUGUCAAGAAGGAUUGGAUUUUAUCGAAUGCAAAGUAUCUAUUGAAGCACUCUGGAAAUCUAAGAAUACAGAUUAUUCAUAUUUAUUAUAUACACCGAUUAUAUGGGACAAUGAAGUAGAUAGAGAUGACCAUUUUAUUGUAUACACACUUAAGUUUGCGAAAUUUGAAAAAACAAAAAAAAUUAAGGAGUGGAAUGUGAAAAGGAGAUAUAAAGAUUUUGAUCGAUUAAAUACUUUUUUGAUAAAAAGAUCAGCUAGUCCUAUUUUAGGAAACUACAUAAAUUCUAGAAACAGUUUAAAAAAUGUGAAAUUAGAGGAAGCCUUGUUUCCAACGUUACCUGGAAAAUCAAUAGCACCUUUAAGCUCACCUAAGGAAAUUGAUAAUCGAAAACAAGGCCUUGAGCUUUAUUUGGAAGGCCUUCUAGGCUGCCCUUCAAUUAUUGAUGCAUUUGAAUUCAAAGCUUUUAUCAAUGACUAUGAAGAAUAA